GCUUUUUCGGGUCCCAAGUGAUUUCGAAGUUAUGAAUACAGAAGACAUGUGUCUUUUAAUAAAUACUUAUGCACAGAAAACCACUGAGUGAAUUUCACCACCUUUUUGAGGAUUUAAAAUUCUGAUGUUGAUGAGGUUCGAGUACCAACAGAAACGAUUGCAAAUUAUGGUAACGCUAUUACCCUGACCAAGCAGCUCAUUACCCUGACCAAGCAGCUCAACAGUUUUGUCGAAAGUAAGGGAAAUACAGAGCCUUUGGAGCUUGCUUCUAAAUUACAAAUACGAUUUCAAGAUGCUAUUUAAGUGACUUAGUGAAUUUUUAUUUCAUUGUGUUACUACAUACAUAUUAUUAUGUGGGUAAUUGUCAAAUUUCGCACAGCUUGAACAGGUUAUCCUGCUGGUUGAUCGGUUGAUCGGGGAGAAGGGUACCGGAGGUUCCGGUGGUUUCGGUCGGCUGCCAAGCGUAGAAGAGGUUGCGUGUUUUUAUUGUGCAUCCACUUUGUUACCCACCUGUUUACUGCACCGCAUGUAGAAGACUUUCAAAUAGAUGCUCUGAUCUCUGAUAUAAGACCUAGAUCAUAUUACGCCUACAGGUUAUCAGAAUUGAAGCGCGAUAUGGUUGUCUUAGUAAAUUAUAAUAUUGGAAACCCUUUGGCUUUAGGAAAUUGGUAUGACUUCAUUAUUGAAGAAGUAUCACGAACGGCAAACAUUAGAGGUACCGUUUUACUUGGAGGUGACAGAAAGCCAAUUGCAGGUUGCUAUGUAAGGAUAGAACAUGGUAUCAUGAGGAUUGAAAAAACUGUAAAAUUGCGUGAAAGAUCUACUGAAAAUAUCACCCAUCUACCAAGAAAGUAUCCUUAUAACUGUGAGAAAUGUAAUGACAUUCGCGCCAGAAAAUGCAGAUAUUGUUCAUGUUGUGUAUGUGGUGGAAAAAAUAACUGGGAAUCUACUAUUCUAUGUGAUGAGUGUGAUGAUGGGUACCAUCUUACAUGCUUGAAACCAGCUUUAAAGACCAUACCAGACGAAGACUGGUAUUGCCCAGAAUGCAAAAAUGACUCCGAUAUUGUAAAAUCUGGAGAAAGAUUGAAGCAUAUCAAAAACAAAAGUAAGGCGACCAAACAAAACGUUAGGAAUACUCGAAGAACUGCUAAAAAUAUACAAAGGAAAUAUAUUAUAAUUCCAAAAAGCCAUGAUACUAAUGAUAUCGAAAUCUCCGAGUUGAGGCAGUCUAGAAGGACUACUCGUAGCUCUACGGUCUUAGGUGUGGUAGAACCUAAAUCAAGCAAUCACCUGAUCAGAAGCCAUGAGAAAAAACUCGAAUCAUUUGUGAAACACAACGUAGAAACUGAGAAAUCUCCAACAAAAGGACCUAAUGUUGGAAUUACAUCGGAUGGUUUUCCUACUCCGCGUAAGGAGGGCAUAUCCGUAUAUUCAUCCUUGGAGCAAAUUCAACACCUAAUAAACAAUGAUAAACAAAAUAUAAAAAUGUGGGAAGAAUGUAUGAAGGGAUUGAUAAAAGGAGAACAAUAUUUUUUGGGAGUAGUACAAGAUGUGUUCACGUGUGUCUGUUGUCAAGAGAUAGUCCGACAUCCAGUUACAACGGAAUGCAAACACAACGUUUGCAGGGACUGCUUCAGGAAAUCAUUUGCGUUCAAAAUUUACUGUUGCCCAUGUUGCCGAUAUGAUUUGGGUAAGGAUUAUCGCUUAAUUGUAAACAAAAAUUUAGGAGAAGCAUUAGAACGCUUAUUCUCCGUAUGAGAUCCAGAGUAGCUGAUUAGACCUUAAUAUAAUUAACUGAUUUUUUCUGACAGAACUUACAUGUAUUCAACAAAAAUGACAUUUAUUUAGCAAAUAGAGUUACGGCGUUAAAUGGAAUCCUACCUUUUCACAUUAAACCAGGGUAAGAUCUGUUUUUCGCAUUUCCCUUUAUGUUAUAUACUUGCUUUAUUCUUUUAUUUUCUUAGUAUUCUGUUUUAAAAUAUCAUAUAUUUAUAUUGUUUGACGUUUUAUUAUUGUUGUAUACUUUGUUCUAUUUAUUUUUUAUAGUACCUAUAUUGAUUUCAUAAUGCUUUUCAGAAUGUUAUCGACUUU